CAAUACCAAUGCUAACAAAAAAGUGUUAUAUUGUAAUGUAAAUGUAAACUUACUUUAGAUAGAUGGGUAGAUAUAAAUUACUCUUAAUUCAGGGACAGAUGGGGUAAUGGAGGUUGAAAAGAGCAUGAAAGGUGCACAGAAGGUUCUGUAGUGCUUUAAAUGUACUUUAAAGUAAAAGACUGGUCACAGGUCUGUAGUCUAUCUGCUGUUUGAAAACUAUCCUUGAUCAAUUAUUGAACAUGGAAAUAUCAAUUUACUGUUUACCUGUUUUGGCCGUUACCAUGGCAGAAACUCGUGCAUUAUUAACCAUUUGGGUGUCUAGUUUUUGUACUCGGGAUAUUUUCAGCCCAUUUUGACACGUCAAUGGGGAUAUUAUUGUUUGAUAAUUGCAUACCUCUAUGGCUUAGGCGGAAAGAGCACGUCUGGCUUCUCUGAAAGGGAUGUGAAACAUGUAAUCAGCCUUGUAUUUAAAUGGAGGGGCCAAAAGUGACUCAGGAGAAAGAAAAGGUUGGAAAAACAGUUAGGUUUAGAGUAGCAUCUGCCAACAGCGGCCGGGUCUUGGCGGAGGUGUUCAAGGAUGAAACAGCCUGGUGCGGCUCAGGGUCGGACUCAGUGGACUCUGACUGCACCAGCAGCCCAGAGACAGAGCAGGGGAGCCUGCCCCCCACCAGCGAGGCCAACAGCCACCUGAAUGGUCUGGUGGUGGAAACUACUGUGGACGAAAAUGGCUGUGAACCUGAUGACCUGCUUUUGUACGCCAGUGCCAAGAGAGAGAUGCUUUUCAGCAACAAACGGAUCAAUAUCUGCAGCAAGAAUGGGACCAUACGGGGAGUAAGGAACAAAGUGAGCGCAGGCCAAGAGCUUUUCAACAACCUCUCCAUCAUGUACUCUGGUUCCCUUCGUCAUCAGAAAAGGAGACCCUGGGAAAAGGAAUAAACAGUUUGGAAGUAGCAGUAGCAAUAGCCCUGUGGCUAAAGAUUGUCUGG